AUGCGGUUUCUCAGACUCGCGAUCGCCAUCCUCGGAUUGUGUCUGCUGGGCUUGAGCGAUGGCGUCACCGCUGCCGCCGCCGGCGACCUGAUCUCGCCCCUCGACGGUUAUGCUGCGCUGCCAAAGUGCAACUCGACCUGUGCUCUGACCGACGCCGCAUGCCUCUGUAGCGAUGCGAGAUUCAACAGCGAUGCUACGGCGUGUGUCAAGGCGGGCUGCACUAUCAGGGAAACUCUCAGCGCCAAAAAUGUCACCGAACUCAUGUGCGGCCACGAACCCGAGCGCGACAACAGCCUCAUUCCCAUCUACUCCGUCUUCAUCGGCCUGGCUGUCGUUGCCGUGGCCCUCCGCCUCGUCGCACGUGUCCUCACUCAGGCCUACUUCUGGUGGGACGACUUCAGCAAUCUCUUCGGAUUUUUUUUCUACGUCGAAAUGCUCCUCUACACCGUGACGCGCUUCUUUGUUCGCACGUCGGUCAUCCUCUUCUACCUGCGCGUCUUCCCGCCCAAGCCGGACAACAAGCUGGGCCGCGUGCUGCAGUACACGAUGGCCUUCAACGUCGUCUACAACAUCAGCUUCCUCCUCGCCGUCGCGUUCCAGUGCACGCCCGUCACCGACUUUUGGACGCAGUGGGAGGGCAUCCACCGGGGCCACUGCGGUAACGCCAACGUCCUCGUCUGGGUCGCCGCCAUCACGGGCAUCGUCUAUGACCUGUGGCUGCUCGCCGUACCGUUCCCGCAGCUGCUCUCGCUCAACGUGCACUGGAAGAAGAAGCUCAUGGGCGGCAUCAUGUUCUUUGUCGAGGACAUUGUCCAGGUGUGUCUCUGGUCCGGUAUCGAGCUGGACGUGGGCGUCAUCUGCCCCUGCCUGCCGUCCUUCCGGCUGCUUCUCCGCCGGCUGCUGCCGCGCGUGCUGGGCUCGACGGGGCGGUACGAGCUGGAUCCCAUGUCGACGGCCGCGACGGGCGGCGGCAUGCGCAGCGGAGCCCGGAGGAGCUUCGGGGGCGGGCCGACGCGCAUGUCUGGCGGCGGCGGCGGAGGUGCGUCGGGUGCCGGUGCCGGUGCCGGCGUGGGAGCGGGGAAGAUCGUGGUGGAGAAUACGUUUGCCAUCAAGUACGGGAGCAGCGCGGAUCUGGACGACUCCGAGACGAGGAGCUCGGCGAGCGUCAGGGGACUGGUGCAAGGGAGGGUGUCGGUGGGGGACGAGGAGAGAGGGGGAGGUAAUAAUGGCGGGGAGAGGAAGAAGUAG